ACUUGGCAGCGUGGAGACCACAGAGAUAGAGGCCAUUAUAAGACAUAUACCCGUUUGGGAAAGGGAAAGGGAAAGUAUUCAUCACUCUUCUAGAAGAUGUGGCCGUUCAACAGAAAAGGGCCUUCUGGAUUCUCAUCUUCUUCUACCGCCGAAGAGGUCACCGCAGGCAUCGAUGCUACUGGCCUCACUGCCAUCGUCACAGGAGCCAGCAGUGGAAUUGGCUCUGAGACUGCGCGUGUUCUUGCUUUGCGCGGUGCUCAUGUCGUUAUGGGGGUCAGAAACUUGACGGCUGCUAAACAAGUUCAACAAUCAAUACUCAAGGACAAUCCCUCAGCCAAACUUGAUGCCAUGGAGUUAGAUCUCAGUUCAAUGGAAUCUGUCAAGAAAUUUGCAUCACAAUAUAAAUCCUCUGGUCGUCCUCUCAACAUAUUAAUAAACAAUGCUGGAAUUAUGGCAUGCCCCUUCACGCUCUCCAAAGACAACAUUGAACUACAGUUUGCCACAAAUCACAUCGGUCAUUUUCUUUUGACAAAUCUUUUGUUGGAUACAAUGAAGAAAACAUCACGGCAGAGUAAGAGAGAAGGAAGAAUUGUUAAUGUGUCCUCCGAGGCUCACCGUUUAACUUAUUCUGAAGGAAUUCGUUUUGACAAAAUCAACGACGAAUCAAGUUACCACAGCUGGCGUGCUUAUGGGCAGUCCAAGCUAGCAAACAUCUUACAUGCUAAUCAACUCACAACACUUCUUAAGGAAGACGGGGCUGAUAUUACUGCGAAUUCUCUUCAUCCGGGAACCAUUGCCACCAACCUUUUCCGUCAUAUGGGUGUGGCCAAUGGUAUAGUUAAUGCAAUUGGGAGACUUGUGCUUAAAAAUGUCCAGCAGGGAGCAGCAACAACAUGCUAUGUAGCAUUGCACCCACAAGUGAAGGGAGUUAGUGGCAAAUACUUCUCUGAUAGCAAUCUGUCCAAAACAACCUCCCAUGGAACUGAUGCUGAUUUGGCUAAGAAACUCUGGGAUUUCAGUAUGAAUUUGAUCAAGUAGAUUGCCAUGCUCACAAGGACAUCAUACCUACAUCCUAAGCGAAUCAAAGUCAUCAAUAUUAUGAACAAAGUUACAUUGUAGUAUUAUACUUGUAUCUGAAUCGUACAUUUCACAAACAUGAGUUUGAAGCUUCGAACUUGAUGUGCAUACCAAUUUAGUGCUAUUUUGUUUGGACAAAUUAAUUUCUGUAUUUCCAAUGUUUGGUUGAUAUAUUAGUUUUAUUGGAGUGACAGAUGGAGUUACCCCUGCA